UUUGAUGUUUCGGCAUUUGAUUUCCAUCAUAUAACUGUCAGGACCUGAGAGGUACUUUGGUAUUGUGUUGUUAGUUCCAGAUUUCAAAUAAUGUAAGAAGGAGAAGCACACUUGUAAAUUUACAAAGAUAGUAAAAGUGCAGCGUGAUUUGUUCGUUUCGUGAAUAAGCAAUAUGUCCUUGCAGAUAUCAUCAUCAGCUAUCAGCAAACUAGGACAUGAUAUCCCCGAGAUUCGGUCAAGAGCUCUUAAACAUAUUGACGGGAAAAUUCAACGUUCUCUUGAUUUGAAUGAAGACAUUGUCUUUAACCCAGGAAGCUUGUUGAAACAUCUUAUCCGCUGGUUUGGACAGAAGCCAUUACAAGACGAAGAAAAUGUUCUCAACCUUAUCGUUAAAAUCUUACAGAGCAAAUACAUCGAUGAAGCAGUGCAAUAUCUUAGUAAAGAACGAUUACUCAAGGAAUUUAAUAAAAUUGAAAAAAUUGUGCAAAGUAAUUUCUUGAAGAAAAAAGUAUCGGAAAUGAUUGAUUUAGUCGAAAGGCAUCGAUCUCCUGAAGGUAGAUGUUCGCUGGAAAGAAGCGAAUGUAAAAGUCUCUCUUCAUCGAGCAUCACAUACACUUCUUCUUCAGACAUAUUAUUGGAUGAUACUUCAGAUUACGAAGCACAAUGGACUUUGCCAUCAGUGCCUGAUUACAAUUCAUUAAAACUACUAUCAGAGACACUCUCCACAGGAAGUGAAGAUGGCUUGCAGCAUGCAUUUAAUUAUUUGGAAGCAGCGAUUGCUGAUUAUCCGCCGGAAUACUUUCUACAACCUCCAUACAUCUUCAAUUCUCUUUUAUUACUAAGCAAAAAGAGGAGUUUUGAAUCCGAAGUAUUAUUGAAAAUAUUAACCAGCUUAACGAGAUCAUUAGCAGGAAGGAUAAAGAAAAGGCAAUUGUCGAAAACAUAUUUCUCCUCAGAAGACAAUAAACUACACAGCGCCAAUAAUCAAAUUACAACUCAAAGGUAUUGCAUCGUAUUGUUCAAUUUGUGCUUAGAAUAUUAUAAAACGUCAAGUGAGUUGGAAAAUAAACCGCCACCAAUAACAAUCUACAACCUACAAAAAGAAAUCUUGGAUGUUAUUGCGAACGAUCUUCAUUUUUAUGAUUUCCGAAAUACAGUCCUAAUUGACCUAGGAAAUUUGGCGCGAUACUUUAGGCAGCGAUAUUCCUCUAAUGAAUCAGAAACCGCCUUAAAUCGAAUGUUAUAUAUAUACAUAUUGCAAAUCAUAAUUGAAGUAUUGGACAUUGAAACUAAGAAAAAUGUACAGCUUAUACCGACGGCUGGAAAAUCGAAAGCUCGUUAUGAUCCAGAAACAUACAUGUCAAACAGCAGUUAUCAUGAUAUUCACCACCUGGAUUCUUGGAUGGUGGAACUAGAAUGUGCGCUUUUUGAUUUUUCAUUGAAAGAAAUGUAUGGCGCAUUGUAUAAAAAAAUAAAAAUUUAUUGCAAAGCAACAGAAAAAAAUAAGCUGCAAAUCUUAUUAAAUUGUGAGAACGUUCUACAUCCUGCGGUAGAAGUUAUGAAGAACCAUGGAAGAAUGCCUAGUGAAAAGCUGGUGACUGAGGGAUCGGAAAUGAUUGAUACACUGCUAAUAACUAAAAACAUUGAUUUCGUUCCUAAGCUUGUAGAUGCCAUUGUCGAUUGUGUUCCACUUUACGACGGCAAUGACAAGUUGAAAGACUGCGCAGAAACUUUGCUGUUGAAAUUGCUUUCUCAUGACGAUGUUAAUAUUAGGAGAACUAUGUACAAAGAGUGUUGUAAUAAAGCCAAACAUUUUUUUGCCGAAGCAAUGAAUGGAGAAGUAGUAGUAAGUGGUAGGUCCAUUGGUGGUGCUCAUCGUAUUCCAAACUUUGGUAUACCAGUAACUGCGAGUAUUCUAAACCAAAUUAUAUGCCAAGGAUACUGCGACGAGGAUGUGAUAAUUCAAACGAACGCUGAGACUAUACUUGUAUUAAUUUUGAAAUCAAAACCAAUUUUGGGAAGUAAUUGGAAAGAAAUACUGGAUAUAUUAUUGCCAAAUCUUACUCUUCUACAGUCUUCUGUAGCAAAUGAGAAAUCAAGUUUAAGUGCAUUACUACUAAAGUUAUACGACCCUGAUGAUAGUGGAAGUGAUAUAGAUUUACUAGAAAGUAUUAAAGGGAACCUUCGAUUUCUAUUUUCAAGAGAUGAAGAAAUUCGUCGAGAUGGACUUUCGAGAAUUAUUUAUUUAGUUUCAACUCAACCGGAAGCUGAAAUAUGGACUCCAAAUAUUUUGCAAAUUAGUGAUACGAUUUUAAAUGAUGUUUGCAUUUUAAACACACCCAGGAAUUCGGAAAAAAUAUUCACAAACGGAUUAUAUGAGAAAAACACUGUGCGAGCCUUACUUGAGCUUCUCAAUAGUCCGGAUGUAGAACCAUCUAUCCGCAAAACAACACUAUUGCAAUUGAAUGUAAUGAGCCAAGAUCCAGAUUUAGCGGAAUUUAUCCACAAUGAACAUGGUUGGUCAUUGGUGCUACAAGCAAUUGAAAAUGCUCUCAAGAAAACUGGUUCAAUUGAUUAUCCUGAUGCUGCUAUACCAGCUGUAGGAAUUAUUGCUAAAAUUUCUUUGUGUGUGCCUGAAUUUCGCCGAGAAUUAUCGAAAGAGUUGAAUAUUUACUUUCUCAUAUUGAGAGCAUUAUUUUCUUACCCUUAUGAAGAUGCCUUCAAACAAGAUUGCAUCCUUUUGAUAUUUCUACUAACAUUUAGUACUAUUCUCAUUGGGAGCAAACGUAUUUCAAUUCCGGAAAUGUGUAAAGGACUUCAAAUGCCAAUAUUUUGUCAAACUAUUUCUCAAGAAAACCGACAUCCAGAUAAAAGCCCUCUUGAACAGGCCUAUGCAGAAUUAUUUGCUGAUAUAAUAGACUCCCCACGGUCAAACAGUUCAUCUGAAUUUCAGUUUACUACAAAUCACUCCAACGAUAGCAUUAGCUCAUUGAAACAAUGUGCCUUGCGAUUUAUGCGAAUACAAUUAGCAAUAUUAUGGUGCGAUGGGCUUGAAAAUGUUCUAAACGAAGUAACUAAUAUGGAAGGCAAUCAAAAUUAUCCGAAAUUUAGAUCGAGAAAUCAAAUUAUAAAUUAUAGUGAUAAUAUAUCAUCACUGAAAGAAUUUUUAAAGUACAAUGCAGAUCUCAAUUUACGAAAGACUGACAUAGAAUCUGUAAAAAUCAGCUCAAGACAUGAAAGUAUUAAGCAAUUCCUUUAUGAUGCUUCAAAUGCUACCACGCAUUGUCACGUAGCAGAGAGCAUCGCCAAAAUUCAUUUAUGUAUUACGGUUGCUAGUAAAAUAUCUUCUCACCAACAAAAGCACAUUUUAAAUACUUUUAAGCGGUUCAUAAUGACGCCACCAAAUAAUGCAAAAGAUGUUGCAUUAUUCGAAAAUGUUCUCAAUUUGUUGGCGCAUUUAAUAUCAGCGGGCAAUGAUGAUGCAUUGUUUUUAAUAAUAAGUGAGCUAAAGAUCAAACACUGUUUAUUUUGGUUUAUAUUGAAGAAUCUAACCUCAUCGAUAUGGUUAUAUAAGGCCACCUGUAAAUUUUUGCAACUCAUAGUAAAGCAAUGCAUCUACCACACCGAUCAAAACCAACUCAAAUCACAUUUAAAAUCGAAUAAAAAAGAAGAUGACUCAAAUUUCUAUAACCAGAUUUUUGAGCGCAUUUUAAAAAUAUCGGAGGAAGCUUUCCGUCUACACGACAUUGACCGGUUUCGCCUUUUAUUGAGCUUGGCUCAAUAUAUAAGUUUGAGUAAUUCCAUUGAUUUAGAUGAAGGUUUUAGCAUAAAUAUAGCAAAGCAAAUGUUAGAUUUUAUAAUGAAAUUGAAAUCGUUUACGCAAACUGGAUCACAUAUCAACAAAAAUGCACUCUUGAUAGCGAGGAAUGUUUUGGAGAAUAUUAGCGAAAUAAUAUUAGAUGGGAAGUACUUAAAGUGCUUAUCAGGCCUUUGUGCUCAUCAAGAUUUUGAAAUAAGAGCUUUAUCCUGGUGUAUUCUAGAGAAAAUUUCACGAUCUCUUAAAGGAGCACAUUCGUUAAUCAAAGCAUUGUCCUAUCUACCGGGAGGCUUCCACGCUUGCUGUCUAAGUACUUUCCUCGAUUUCCAGGAGACGCCAAUCGUGCGAGCCACGGCAGGAGGUCUUUUAUCCAAUUUUUUAACAUAUACCAAAGAAACGCCAACCGGAAAGAUUUUGAAUAUGACCGUUGCUCCUCUUUGUUCUAAUUUGCCAUCUUCAACAGCAAAUGAUGGGGUGCAAUUAUUAUUGCAACUCUUUAACAAGCAUCGAUUUUAUAAUCGUGUUGAAAUCUCUCUGGAUUACUUUUACAUAUCCGACAUAAUCCUCAUUAACGAAAAAGACUGUAUAGCAACCUGUGAUAUAGUACGAAUGUAUUGUUCAGUGUUCAUUAACUUCACAGAAUUGUAUCCUGAGAUACUGUCUCUAUAUUUGGAAUUUGCUUGCUUUGAAAAGAUAUUCCAGAUCAUUAAAAAUGUGCCUUUAUGUAUAACGGAGUCAUCGUUGAAUAUGUUAGCAGAAAUUUGCAAUUUAUUAACAAAAUUUCUCCAGGCUGAUGAAAGUUUGAUGUUAAGUUUGAUGUCGCGUGAUCGAUGCUUUAUAGAGAUAUUAGUGAACACUUUGGAUUGGAGGUUGUUUGAAAACUCCAUCAAAUCGGCUCCCAUCCAUAUUAUACAAGUCUUACGCAUUUUAGCAAAAGAGAUGUUACCUUAUAAUAUGAUUUUGAACAGUAUAUCGGCAGACGUUACCGGCAAAUUCUUCACAUUCAUUUGUUUUGCUACAAAUUGUAACGACAUUUUGCUAAGCCGCUCAUGUGUUGAAUUUGUUGGAGUCCUUUUGAUCAGAGGACAAACAGGACAUUUCGACUUUCCUACUUUUCAUGAAAUUCUCGAUACAACCGAAGUUUUAGACGGCGCAAACUUAAAAAUCAACAAUAAAGCAAUUGAGAGCGAACGUAAUUCCACCAAAGCAAAAUAUGCAAGUGAGGUAUUACUAAUAGUCCUGUUUAAACUGUUCGCUAGCUUCGAUACGAGUGAAAAGAGUAAACAUAGCUGUGAAAAACAAAAGCUGCUGUCAGCUUGCUCUGAAACCCUCAGUGUGUUAUUGAAACAUUCUAAACAAGCCCGAAAUAUUGCGGCACGUAUUCAAUUGUUCGAUUAUCUUCUUACAAAAUUGCAAAAUAUAUUUGAUAAGAUGGGUAUGAACUGCACAGAUUUUAUAAGAAAAUAUGGUGAUGUGAAGAAACAGCCAGUAAUUGAUAGUUUCAUUUCCAUCUUCACUAUUCUUCUAAAUUGGUAUUUAGAAGAUACACUUGCUGACGAAAAACAAAUUCUCGGAUUAACGAAAAUUCUCCUAAACACUUGGCCUUGGAUAAAUCACUCAGUCGAUUUAAGGAUCACGUUUGUCAAAUUGUUGGCUUUCGUUAGCGAGAACUCUAUUACAGUAUGUAAACAGUUUUCCAGCAUGAUUGCGGGUCAAACAUCUACAAUUUUACAACAAUUAAUAUCACUUCUUGUUCAAGAAACAUUAAAGGCAAAAUCAUCGCAAAUCGACGCGACCUUAUUGGAAAUUGGCCUGAGGGCCAUGUCGAACUGCUGUUCAUGCAUAGAAGGCCGUUUACAGAGUUUAAAGUUCAAUGCCCUCGAUGUCUUCAAUAAAUUUCAUCCGUCCGUAACAAAGUCUCAAAAAUGCUGGAAUCCUAUCAUCUUACUAUGGUUAAAAUAUUGGGAAAUAUUUUCGCGGUAUCCAGAGGGUGCUACUGUUCGGCAUAUGCACCUUUUAUGCAUAUUGAUUACAAAGUCUACUAAAAAUAUACGCUAUCAGUGCUUAACAAUUCUUCGAAAUAUGGCGUUCUUGAAUUCAAAUCGUGCCGCAUUAUGUUCAUCAGAGGACUUUUUGUACAUUUCCAAGUCAAUACUUUGCGAUGGUUCUCGCUCGGAACAAAUUUUGGUACUUGUAGCAGUUUGGCGACUUAUUGCUGGCAAUUGUAAAGCCAAACACGCAAUCAAAUCAACUUCUAUACCAAAGAAAAUCAAAAUGAUGCAUGAUGAGAUGAUUAAAUCAUGUUAUGAAGUAGAAAAUGAUAAUUUGAUGAAUGUUUUAGAAAUAUUAAGUAAAAUAUUAGAAUAAAUGUUGACUGAUUUUAAAAAGCAUUUGGAAAUAAGUUUAUAUUUUGAAAGAUAUUAAAUAGAUUUAAAUAAAUAACCUAAAUGAAGUUGAA